AGCAAGUCAACUCUGCACAGUCUUUAACAGACAAGUUAUCUUCACAUGCCGAUCUGGAGAGCGAGCUGAGACCAUGGAGAUCGUCUGCUUCUUACUGAGUGUCUUCUUCAUAGCAGGUGCUUCUACUAUGUGUCCUCAGAAAGCCGGCCUUGACGUCACAACACCACAGAGGAUGGAGGCACUAGCUGGAUCUUGUGUUCAGAUCCCAUGUAGCUUUAGCCCUAAAUCAGGACAAGAGCUUGACAGAAGAGGGCCAAUCAUUGGUGUGUGGAUAAAGGAUGACUCCAGAUUUGCUGGCAAGCCAUAUAAUGUGGUUUUCAACAGCAGCCGUAGCGAGAACCUAUACAGGAUAAGGAUUAGUGGAGACCUGAGGCUGAAAAACUGCACCACUCUGUUUACAGAUGUAGUCAGGAGUUAUACCAACACAUACUUCUUCAGAAUAGAGAGCAGCAACUUCACUGCAACGGCUUCUUGUAAUCCUCUUCAGAUAACAGUCAGAGAUGGUCCACUGAAACCCCUACUAGAGAUCCCUGCUGAUCUGAAUGAGAAGGAGUCUGUCACUAUAACGUGCUCAUCUGUCACUACCUGUCCACUCUACCCUCCUAAACUCACCUGGAAUCUCAAAAAAGACUCUCACAACAUCAUGAAGGAAAACCAAGAUGGAACCUUUACAACUAAAAUCCAGGAGACCAUCACUCUGACAGACAAACAUGAUGGCUACAACAUCAGCUGUUCUGCUUCAUAUCCUGUGAAUGAAGGAAACAACGUAAGGACAGCAGAGGAGACGAAGACUCUCAGUGUUUCAUACGCUCCUAAAGACACCUCAGUGUCCGUCAGUCCACCAGGUUUGCUGUCAGCUGGUGUUAUCGUGACUCUGAGCUGCUCCAGCAGAGCCAAGCCUCGUGUCAGCAGCUUCACCUGGUUCAAGAUGAGCAAAGAGGGACCUGUGAAAGUACGUGAAGAAGAGAUUUACAGCUUUAAUGUGACAGAGGGAGGCGUUUACUACUGCUUGGCCAAGAAUGAUCUUGGGGAUGAAAGAUCAGAGAUUCGUCUAAGAGUUGAAGGAGCACAACAGCCGGAUAGCUCUCCAACAUGGUUAGCAGUUGUUGGAGGAUUGAUUGGGAUUGCAGGUCUCAUUGGUGUGGUCGCAGCGAUUUGGUGGUUUAAGUUGAAACGUUCAGCUCUCCAACAGACAGAGAGAAUGACGCCUGCAGAGCCGACUGGACAAGAGCCAUCCAGAAUAUCAGAGAGAGAGGACAUACACUAUGGAGAGAUAGACUUCUCCAAGUUUGGACAUGAACCGUCCUCUGCUACAGCACAGGACAGAAGACAACAGCAGGAGACGGUGUACGCACAGGUCAGAGUGUCCAAACCUGUGAUCAGCAGCAUGCAGAAUGAUGCUGGACCAGAGGCUCUCUACGCUCAAGUAAAGAAGAACUGAAUUUAAUUUUGUGAGUGCUAUCUCAGGGAAAUUGUUUCCUACCUAACUGUCGUCCUGUAUAUUUUUAAUGUUGUUAUAUUUUGUCUACCUGGGUUCUCUCUGGAUGGGGCCUAUAGGGGUCUCGUAUGGUUGAUGCCACUUGAAGUCCACAUGGACAGUCACAGAUGGGGCCAACAUGGGGCCCAUAUUGUAGUCCACACAAAACCCAUAUGGGGCCCAAAUGGACAUCCUGACUGUUGUCUUAAUGCACCAUAAGAGACAGAUCUGAAUAGCAAUAAAGGCCAAUAUAGUUCCAUCACUCUUUUACUGUGAAGCCAUGCUGUUGUAACUCAUUCAGGAAAGCACUGUUUUAAUGAAAUAAGCAGGGGUGUCCCUGAAAAGCAUAUGUUGCUCUGAAACCUAUACAUUUCUCUCAGUAUCAAUGCUGUCUUCACAGAUGUGCAAGUGACCCAUGCCAUGGGCACUAAAACACCCCCACACCAUUAUAAAUGCUGACUUUUGAACUUUGUGUUGAUAACAAUCUGGAUGGUCUGGACAGCCAUUACUUCCAAUUCAAUCUGAAAUAUGGACUCUUCAGACCACAGCACCCAUUUCCACUUUAGAUCAGUCCAUAUCAGAUGAGCUCAGGGUCACAGACGUCAGCGGUGGCUCUGGAUUUCAGUGAUAUAAGGCUUUGGUUUUGCAUGGUAGAGUCUUAACUUACAUUUGUAGACAAAGUGUUAACUGGCAAUGGUGAUCCUGAGUCCAUGUUGUAAUAUCCAUCACAGAUUUACAUUUUUUAAUGUAACGCCGCCUGAGAGGUGGAAGGUCAGAGGCAUAAACUGUUGGUUUUCAGUCCCAUACAUGCACAGAUUUCUCCAGAUUCUCUGAAUCCUCUAUGGUAUUAUUAACUGUAGACAGUGAUAUCUCUAAAUUCCUUGCAAAGCACACCAGGAACAUUGGUUGUAAACUAUCUGGACUACUGGGCAUUGCAGUCACUCACAAAGUGGAGAACCUUGCACCAUUGUUGACUGUAAACAACUGAGCCUUUCAGAAGUCCUCCUUUCAUACCCAGUCAAGGCACUACCACAAGUUACCAAUUAAACUGCUUACCUGUGGAAUGUUCCAGGUGAUUUUUUUGAGUAUACCAUAACUUUCCCAGUAUUUUCUUGCCCCUGUCUCAACUUUUCUGGAACGUGUUGCUGGCAUCAAAUUCAGAAUGCAUGUUUCUUACCAAAGCAAAAAUAAAAGUUUAUCAGU